AUGCUUCACGGGUUGUACAACAACUGUAAUUGUUACAAUAACCCCUGCGGCAACAACAGUAACUACCCUUGGUCCUUCUCCGGGUACAUCGACGAUCCCACCUCCUUCUGGGUGCACAUCGGAUUGCACAAUGUCUGUAAUUAUCACCACGGUGCCAAGUCCUGGGAUCACAACAAUUACAACUCUUGGGCCUACGCCGGGUACUUCGACGAUCCCCCCUACCGCAGGAUGUCUCACGGACUUCGUUACAACAGUGCCAAGCCCUGGGAUCACAACAAUCACAACUCUUGGGCCUACGCCGGGAACGUCGACGAUCCCCCCUACCGCAGGAUGCUUAACGGACUGCACAACGACUAUAAUCAUCACCAUAACCCCAGCGGCAACAACAUUGACCACGCUUGUCCUGUCACAACAACUCGCGGGGCCAGCGCAACAACGCGAACAACCGAGGGUCCGACCGAAGGCACAACGACGAUUCCACCACCUACGGAUUGUACGACGAAGUGCGUAACUAGUAUCGUCAUUACGACAACCCCGAAAUGUACACUCAAACCGACCACUUUCCGGCUCGCUGCCACGGUGACCGCUGGCGCUCAAACCACUUGGGUUGUGCCAGCCUGCGCCACUGAAAUGCAAAUCGCCAUUGCCGGUGGCGGUGGUGGGAACGCCUACUUUGACGUCGGUGGAACCAUGCGAACAGGUGUAGGGGGCUUGAUUCGGGGAUCAAUUCCUGUGUCACCAGGACAAGUCAUCAGGGCCAUCGCAGGCGGCAAGGGAACUGGUCCAAAUGGCGGAACGAGUGCGUAUGGAAGGGGCGGAAACGGCAUCCCCGAAACCCAUUAUUUGACUGGAUGGGCCGGUGGAGGCGGCGGUGCAUCCGCCAUAUACCUUGACGGCGUCCUGCUAGCAGUCGCUGGCGGUGGAGGGGGUGACCGAUAUGCUGGCGGUACCUAUUUCCCCAACCUUGACUGGGUUUCAAUUCCUGGCUAUUUGUCAGGAACCUCGACCCAUACGUUCAAAUACACGGGACACUGGAUAUCAAAUGAUGAACAGUUGAUCACUGGAUACCAGACAUCCUGCGUUGAAAUGGAGGCCAAGGGAACCGCGAACUGGUGGGAAUUGGAUGACCAGAUGACUCCAGGCGGGUUUUAUUUCGUUGCCCAGGGAGGAUAUCCUGGUAUGAAUGGGCAACCCGGUGCCGGUGGUAAGACCUUCAUUAGGCGAUCCUUCAUGGUGCCCUACGCGAAGUAUACCUUUGGUAACCCAGGGAAUGGAAACAAUGGAGGGGAUGGGGUAAAAGCACCUGGAACCUGGUACCAGAGAAACACAAAGGUCACGUUCAGCGGAGGUUCAGGUGGUGGCGGUGGCGGAUACGGCGGUGGAGGCAGUGGAAGCACGCUCUGGUACACCUACACGAACACGGAUCCAGCGUAUGCGUCCAUAAACAAUAUGGGGUCGGUAAUCGGACUCGGAGGGGGCGGCGGUGGGAAUUUUCGUUCCCCCAAACUCUCAACCUCUUCUGCAACCUUGGAACAACCUGGAAUGUUUGCAGGAACGGCGAAUGUAACAUUUACGUAA